AUGUCGUCAUCUUCUUCUCUACGACUUGUGAUUCUUCUUUUCACCAUCACCGUCUUUAAACCUACUGUCUCCCUCAAUCCGAGCUUCGUCUCUUUCAGUGAAACCUUCUCCCUACUAUAUGGAUACCAAAAUAUCGUACCUUCCAAUGAUGAUAAAUCUGUUCAGAUCUCCAUGACCAAGUCGUCUCCUGGGUCGGGUUUCGUUUCACGAUCCACGUACCACCAUGGCUUCUUCACGGCCUCCAUCAAGCUACCAAACAACACCUACUCCGCCGGUGUCGUCGCAACUUUCUAUGCUCAGAAUAACGCUUUCAAUCGAGACGACGAGAUUGAUUUCGAGUUCCUCGGCCACAUCAGAGGCGAAGGGUGGGUUCUUCAGACCAAUCUUUAUGGAAAUGGAAGUGUCCACAGAGGAAGAGAAGAAAAAUUCACAUUACCCUUUGACCCUUCUCAAGAUUUUCACGAUUACAGUAUUCUUUGGAAUACGGGUCGGGUCGUCUUUUAUGUAGAUGGAUUGCCUAUCAGAGAGGUCCAAAAAGUGGAAGCAAUGGGUGGUGAUUUCCCAUCUAAGCCAUUGUUUUUGUAUGGCACCAUUUGGAAUGGAUCCGACUGGGCUACCCAUAACGGCCGGUACAAAGUCGAUUUCAGCCACGGCCCGUUUGUUACGGGUUACGCCGGUUUCAUAUUAAACGGGUGUCCGAUGACCCAGUCACCGGCAUCAGACUGCCAAGUUCCACUUCCUGAUGGUCUUUCUUCAGCUGAAAGAAGCAAAAUGCAGGCGUUCAGGAGCAAGUAUAUGACGUAUUCAUAUUGCCAUGAUACGGGUCGGUACAAGACUUCCUUACCCGAGUGUGAGGCUGGAGCUCCAGUUAUGCAACCCGCUAAGACACCGGUAGUACUAUCGCCGGUUGAACCACCGGUAUCCGGAGAAAGUCAUAGGUUCGGGUAUAUACAGUAUUAG